UUCUGUUUUAUUGUUUUGUACCAGCGUAGGCAGAAGAAAAGUUAAACAAUUUACUCUCAAAUAUAUUUAGGCAGAUAAAUAUCGUUAAAAAAUGUCUAGAUUUCAAUCACAGAAGAUAUAGUUAUGUGAUCUGUAAGUGUAUCAAAUUUAAAGAAAAGAUAUCAACUUGAACAACUACUAAUUCCACGACAGCAUCCUGUAUUUUUAUAUAAAGGAACAAUCACUUAAGAAACAUUUUUGGUUAUCGCUUUAACCUUGGAACGCAAAGAGGAGUAGCUGGUUAUGAACUUGCAAUCAUUUUUCAGGGAUUUUAAUCCCAGCAAAUUCGUAGUGCACUGCAGCUUGCUUGGAUUCAUAAUAUUGUUUGCUCUUCGCUUGGAUGGUGGCAUUGAUUGGCCAUAUUGGGCAAUUUUUAUGCCAUUAUGGAUAUGGAAAGGAAUCGCCAUUUUGGGUGCCGCAGUGGGGGCUGUAGUUUGGUGCCGAUACCCACAUUACCGACUUGAAGGUGAUUCUUACACCCAAUUCAAGGCGAUGCUAAUAUCCCUCUCACUCCAUCUUAUAUUACUAAUGUUUGAAUUGCUCGCAUGCGACAAAUUAAGCUCUGGCCGUCAUCUCUGGGUGCUGGUGUUCAUACCGUUAAUAUUUGGUUCGGUAGCGAGUGUCGGAGCUUGUGUAUGGGCUGUUAAGCACGACCGUUCCUUUGAGUUGGAGCUAUUUUUGGCGGUUAACGCUUUGCAGUUCGUCUCGUUGCCGCUCAAAUUAGAUCAAUUCGUAAACUGGAAUUGGGAAGUGGUGUUUGUGCCAAUGUGGAUAGUUAUUUGCUUGAGCUUAGUUAGUGUGCUAUACAAUGUAAUAUUUUGCGGUAUUAUGAUGCGUGCACCGGAAAUAUCGUUACAACAAAAAAGAGCUGCCUUGAAUGCGGCCGUGGGAAAUAUAUGCACAGUUCUUCCACUGCUGUGUUUUCAGGUUGUGAUUUGUGAUAAACUGGAAGGAGAACUAAAAUUUCCUUAUAUGAUUGUAUUCAGUCCCCUAAUGAUUUCGCUCUCUGCACUUAUUGGAUUAAGUUUCAGUGCGAAAGGUGGAAACAAAUGGUGGUUCGGAAUACGUAAAUCAUUCCACCAAUUUCUAUUGUCGGCCAUGCCUUUCUUGCAGGAAUAUGGCAAUAUCUCUUAUCACGUCGAUCGUUCGGCAGCAGCGCAGUCAGUUCCUUUGGAUGCUUCUACCAGCAAUGUACACACAGGCGACUUCGAUAAGCAUGAUAAAAAGAGCAAAAAGGGAGCAAAGAAUGAUAGCAUGAAACCGGUAAUGCCCAUAAUCAGUAUCGACAUGCCGGACUAAGACAUUUGUUAUAUUUCGAGCUCACAAAUAAAUGUGAGACUUUCUACAUGCAUAUGAAUAACUUAAGAUAACUGAAACUAUUAGAAUUUAGAAUAGAUGUAUAGAAGUGCACACAAUAUUAUUGUGAUUGCAAUUUCAAUUGA